AUGUGCUUUUUGGGAGUGCUCACGUCGACAAACCAGCCUCUUGACCCAGAGUACAACUUUUCUGCAGCAUCAGCUUAUAUCCGCGAUGCCGCUGCACAAGGAGCCUCGCUCGCAGUGCUUCCCGAGUACCACUUAACAUCGUGGGUCCCAGAUGACCCACAGUUCGCCAUCCUGGCGCAAACUGCCUAUCAAUACGUGACCAAAUACCAGGCCCUUGCUCGAGAGCUGAAGAUCAAUAUUGUUCCGGGAACUAUCGUCACCAUUGAUCCAAAGUCGCCGCCUCCUGCAAAUAGCAACGGAACUUCUCCCGAGUCGAUAAACCCCCCUGUCCUCCUCAACAUCGCCCCUUUCAUCUCCUACACGGGCGAGCUUUUGGGAAGCUACACAAAAGCCAACUUAUGGAUCCCCGAGCGCACAGUCCUGACAUCAGGCCCUGCUUCCGUCAAGGCUACCCAGAAUCAUCUCUCAGCUGAAGGCCCAGCUCCUCAACCAAACCCUCACUCUGUGAUAGAGACUCCCCUCGGGCCCCUUGGCAUCGUCAUCUGCUGGGACCUAGCGUUCCCUGAAUCCUGUCGCGCCUUGGUCCGCCAGGGGGCACGACUGAUCAUCAUCCCUACCUUCUGGACGAGAGACGAUCUGACCCCUGAAGCGAGAGCCUAUGGACCAGAUGUAGAUAUUCAGUUUCUGAGCUCCGCCCUUAUUACAAGAUCCUUUGAGAACACCUGUGCAAUCAUCUUCGUCAAUGUGGGCGGUCCGAAGUCAGAGGGGUACGCCGGGUUAAGUCAAGUGGUAUUGCCCCUUGUUGGGAAAGUUCCAGGAUCAUUCGAGGACGGAAAGCCAGGAAUGAAGGUUGUGGAAUGUGACAUGAGGACAGUCGAUGUGGCUGAGGAGAACUAUAAGAUAAGGGAGGACCUGAAAGGGGAGGACUGGCACUAUGGAUACAGCCACGAGAGAUGA